AUGGCGGCCCUCCAGGAACCUCGCCCGGGGCAAGGAUGGUCGGAGACCCGGCCUACCCGAGCUCCGCGGCGGGCCCUGGAGCGGACUCGAGGCGAGGACUCCGCACCGGAACCCGCGGUGAGCGACGACAGCGACGUGGAGAUGAUCGGCGAUCCCGCCGUCGAGGAGAGAGAGUGGCGACUCCGGAAGGCGGCGGCGGGCGGUCGGAUACCGCGCGGGACGACGGACGUCGGAGGAGAGGAACUCCCGAGGAGCCACUCGGAGGCGGUCUGUCGGGCCACCGAGGAGUCUCGGAAGCGGUUCCGAGACCGGGAGCCGUCGGACGAGGAGCAGCAACGAUACGCAGCCGAGGAACGCAGCCCGAGGGACGAGGACGAGGACGAACCACGCGCGCCAUCCCCUCCGCGGUGGUUACCCGAGGUGCCACCCACUCCCCGCUACGAGGGGGAGUGGCUCACGGACGGCGACGAUGGAGCACCGUUGGCCACGCCGCCGUGGAGGCCGGCCCGGCCACCCACGCCGCGAUACGCGGAGCCACGACGACCGGAGGAGCAGACGCCGAGCGAGGAGUCGACCGCGCAGCCGAUGCCGCAACCUGAGGAGGAGGACGUCCACCAGGCAAGGGCGGACGAGCCGUCGGUGGUGCGGACGGAGGUGCCGGCCGCGCACGUGAGCCACAGCACACGGGCGUUCGAGGCCGAGGGCAUGCGGUGGCGGCAGCAGACGGUGACAUGGACGUGGCCCGAGGGGCCCGCGACAGGACCGUCGAAGGAGGUGCCCAGGAUAUGGGAGGAGGGGGCACCAAAGGUGAACCCUCGGGAUCCCCGGACGAGGAGCCGACAAGAUGCAUGA